AGGGGGACGGGCCGGACCGGACCUGCUCCGCGGCGCCCGGGACGCGCCCCGGAGCUUGGUGGCGCCUGAGGCGCGGCCGCCCGGCCGCAAGGUCGCGGUGCCGCUGGGCCCUGGCAGCGCUCCGAUGGGGAAUGGCCGCGGGGCUCGGGCUGAAAGGCGGCCCCGCGGCGCUCACGGGUCCUCUCCUUCCUCCUGCCCCCUCCCUGGGACGGCGGCGGGAAGAGGCCGUGGGGGCCGUUAUUCGAGCGGGCCGGGCCGGGCCGGGGAGGCGCCGCGCCGUCCCUCGGAGCGGCCUGGGAGAGGUCGCGCCGUAGAGGUCACACAGCGGCGGGACCACCGCGGCUGCGGGCAGCGCCCGGUGCGCGCGUGGCCGACAGCACAGCCUGAAACGCCAUUCCCGCAAAGAGCCCGCGGUACCGGCACUGCAGAGCCGGCUGGGGAGAACUGCUACCGCGUUCUGGCCGGCGACUUUCUGGCCCCCACACCUGUCCUCUGGCAUUUACAGGUUUCUCGAUUGCUAGGUGCUUUCAAAAGCCAAAAAAAGGUGACCAGAAGUUUUGGUAAUGCUGUGCAAACAGUAACUUUAAUCCCAGGAGAUGGCAUAGGACCCGAGAUUUCUGCUGCUGUCAUGAAGAUCUUUGAUGCUGCCAAAGCACCUAUUCAGUGGGAAGAGAGGAAUGUUACAGCUAUCCAAGGACCAGGAGGGAAGUGGAUGAUACCCCCAGAAGCCAAAGAAUCCAUGGAUAAAAACAAAAUGGGAUUAAAAGGGCCUCUGAAGACCCCAAUUGCUGCAGGGCACCCUUCAAUGAAUCUGCUGCUGCGUAAAACCUUUGACCUUUACGCCAACGUGCGUCCGUGCGUGUCCAUCGAGGGCUACAAAACGCCCUACACGGACGUGAACAUUGUCACCAUCCGCGAGAACACCGAGGGCGAGUACAGCGGCAUCGAGCACGUGAUUGUUGAUGGGGUUGUGCAAAGCAUCAAGCUGAUCACAGAGGAAGCCAGCAAGCGCAUUGCAGAGUUUGCUUUUGAGUAUGCCAGAAACAAUCAGAGAAGCCACGUGACUGCUGUGCACAAGGCAAAUAUUAUGAGAAUGUCUGAUGGGCUUUUCUUGAGAAAAUGCAGGGAGGCAGCAGAAAACUGUAAAGAUAUUAAAUUUAAUGAAAUGUAUCUGGAUACUGUAUGUCUGAAUAUGGUUCAAGAUCCAUCUCAAUUUGAUGUGCUUGUUAUGCCAAACUUGUACGGUGACAUCCUCAGUGACUUGUGUGCGGGACUCAUUGGGGGUCUUGGAGUAACACCCAGUGGAAACAUUGGUGCCAACGGCGUGGCCAUUUUUGAAUCAGUUCAUGGAACAGCACCAGACAUUGCAGGAAAAGACAUGGCAAAUCCAACUGCCCUCCUUCUGAGUGCUGUGAUGAUGCUGCGCCACAUGGGAAUGCAUAAAUAUGCGACAAAGAUUGAGUCAGCUUGCUUCGAUACAAUUAAAGAUGGAAAGAUCUUGACAAAAGAUUUGGGAGGCAAUGCCAAGUGUUCGGAAUUCACAGAGGAGAUCUGCCGCCGAGUACAGGACAAAGACUAAACCUCCUUCUCCUCCUGCUGAGGACUCUGGAAGAACAUGUCACAGAGUACAAUAUAUGUAACCUGAUAUCCACAUGCAUAGAGUUUGCUUAAGUCUUGAGAGCAAACUUUUUAGCUGAGGCCUCUCCAUUAAUAAAUCUAGUCCAAAUGGCUACAAAUGAUGCUUGUGCCUGCUUUCAGUGGACUUUUCCAAGUGCUUUGUUUUAUUUAUUUUUUUCUACCUGGUGAACAUUUUUAUGUAAGUGAAUUCCUUUAUUGGCACUGUAACUGUCUAAUAAUUUUUCAUUUCAAUUAGAGGGUUUUACUUUCCACAUAGAAAAAUUAAAACCAGUACAAACAAACCAGUAACAGAUUAGUGACAUAUAAGUGCACCUUAAUGUUUAAACCUACUUUAUUGAUCUUAUUGAAAUUAAAAAGAUAGGUUUUCAGCCUAGGAGUAGCACAAGAUGAUCUUCAUGCACAGAAACGGGUAUAAAGUAUCUUAAAAUAAUAAUUUUGUGUUGGAAGCAACAAGAAACCCACCUUAAUACUCUGGUGAUUCAUGAAAUAUAGCCCUGCCCACAAAAGGCAUGAAUUAAGAUAUACAAACUUCUAGAGAUUUAAUCUAUUUCUGUAUUUUAAAAAAACCUACAGCCAUUAACAAGGGCUGAAAAUUAAUGCUGAAGUAAAGUUAUUUUUCAAAUCUACAUACCAAAAUAAUUCUUACAAGUUUUCCUCUCUGAAGCACACUUUACAAUAGAGUUCUAAUGAGGGCAAAUGAUACAAAAUUACUUCCACCAUAUAUUGUGAGGGGAAAAUAUUAACUUAGCAAAUUUACACUAAAUUUUUCAUUACUUUGGCUAGAAUGCUUUUUGUGUUGUAGUUUCUGCACAGUCUGUUCAGGGUGUCUUGCUGUAUUGACUAUUUUAUUCUAGAAACUGAAUGUAAAAGACAAGUCCUAAAUGGAUUAAGGCAGAUCAGUGGUUUGGCUCUGGUGCCUAUAUUCCAGAAAUACAUUUCAUCCCUAUUCAAGGGGAUCUGAAUCUAUUUUUAACUUGCUUACUAAGCUUAAUGGGUGCAAAAGCGACUUGUUGCCCUCCCUUCCCCUCCCCAUCAGAUGCUGAUUGUCACUCGAGUCGUUCUGAUCUGUAACUAUCAAGGUAUUGCUUCCGUUCCUGCACCUGAUAAGAAAAUACAUAUUUUCAAACUCAUUAGUAUAGCACAGGAUUAUCCCUCCUGCCAGAAGCAGGCUUCUUACAGCUUUGUUCUAUUCAUAGACAGUAACUAAGUGGAGUAAUAUCUAUUACAACUGUUUAGAGCUGGUUGUGUCAGCAGUAAAACAACUUUGGAGUAACAACUUUUUGUGUCAUUCUCUAAAGUAAGCAUCCCAGCUUUUUUAUACAGUCUUACAACAUGCUGGAGGAGAUUUAUUCCUCCCACAUGCUGCUUUUUGUGAAUAGUGCAACCUUCCUUUCUGUGUUUUUCUAGCUGCUGCUUCCUUGUUUCCUUAAGGUUAAUAUUGUUAAAGAAAUUCUGAAUUACCAUUGCGCACAAAAUGGGGAAGAAUAAACUUUUCAAAGUCC